CAAGUAUCAAACAGAGUAAAAGGGUGAUAAUAUUUAGAGAAAGAGAGAGAAGAGAGGGGGAGAGAGAGAGAAAGAGAUGGAAGUGAUUGAAGUGCUCCACAUGAAUGGUGGGAUUGGAGACGCAAGUUAUGCAAACAACUCUUUGGUUCAGAAGAAGGUAAUAGCAAUGACAAAGCCUAUAACAGAGAAAGCCAUAAUUGAUCUCUACUGCAGCACAUUACCAAAGAGACUUUGCAUAGCAGACUUGGGUUGUUCCUCUGGACCAAACACUCUCUUUGUGGCCUCUGAACUCAUCAAGACAGUUGACAAGAUAUGCAAAGAACUAGGCCACCAAUCGCCGGAAUUUGUCGUGAACUUGAAUGACCUUCCCGGAAAUGAUUUCAACACCAUUUUCAAGUCCUUCUUGCCAAGUUUCCAACAACAAAUCAGAACAAAAUUGGGGUCUUCUUUUGGCCCGUGUUUUGUCUCCGCGGUCCCCGGUUCGUUCUACGGGAGGCUCUUCCCUACAGAAAGUCUUCAUUUUGUCCAUUCUUCUUAUAGUCUCCAAUGGCUAUCUCAGGUUCCUGAAGGGAUAGAGGGUAACAAAGGUAACAUAUACAUGGCAAGUAGUAGCCCACCAGGAGUGCUCAAAGCCUACUAUGAGCAGUUUCAGAGAGAUUUUUCAGUGUUUCUCAAGUGUCGUUCGGAGGAAAUGGUGAGAGGAGGACGUAUGGCUUUAACAAUUUUGGGGAGGAAAAGUGAAGAUCCAUCUAGCAAAGAGUGUUGCUACAUUUGGGAACUUUUAGCAAUGGCUCUCAGAGAAAUGGUUUCUGAGGGGCUGAUAGAACAAGAGAAAAUGGACUCCUUCAACAUUCCUCAGUACACACCAUCUCCAUCAGAAGUAAAAAUUGCAGUUGAAAAAGAAGGAUCAUUUGCGAUCGACCGCCUGGAAGCCUCCGAAGUCGAUUGGAACGCCUGUGAAAAUGGAUUGUCCUUGUCUAAUGGCUUCAAGGAUGGUGGAUCAUACAAUGUUGCACAGUGCAUGAGAGCUGUGGCUGAGCCCUUGCUCGUCAGCCACUUCAGUGAAGCCAUGAUGGAUGAGGUUUUUCGCAGGUACAGAGAGAUCAUUGUAGACCGAAUGUCCAAGGAGAAAACACAAUUCAUCAAUGUGGUCAUUGCCAUGACUAAAACAGGAUGAUCAUCAAGCUUGGCUAGCAAAAUUGGACGACCUAGAUUCACCUAAUAUAGACUAUCUUUUAUCCGGUAAUGUUAUAUGUAUAAUGUGGCACUGUAAUGUUUUGCAAUGAUUUGCUUUUUGUAAUGUUUUGCAAUGAGUUGCUUUUUGUGGGUAGCUUUGCAAUUUGCUCGUGUUUUCAUCCUCUAAUAAGGAGGGUUCGAAUCUCCGUAGGAACAAAUGGGUGUACGAAUCUUGUCCAAAAAAAAAAAAAAAAAUGAUUGUAUUUUUAUUAUCUAAUGCAAAUUUAAUAUAUAUAAGUCCAUCCU